AUGGAGGAGUUUGUGCAGAGUUCAGGGGAUGAUGGGAUUGUGGUCUUCACUCUGGGGUCCUUGGUAAACAACAUGACCAAAGACAGGAGCAAUACGAUCGCCUCUGCACUGGCACAGAUUCCACAGAAGGUUUUAUGGCGAUAUGGUGGAGAGAAGCCAGAUACUCUUGGUGAAAACACCAGAAUCUAUAAGUGGAUCCCUCAGAAUGAUUUAUUGGGUCACCCUAAAACCAGAGCAUUCAUCACUCAUGGAGGCACUAAUGGCAUAUAUGAGGCCAUAUAUCAUGGAGUUCCAAUGGUCGGGAUCCCCUUGUUUGGUGACCAGCCUGAUAAUUUAGUUCAUAUGAAGGCCAAAGGUGCUGCUGUUAUCAUUGACUUCAACAGUAUGCAGAUUCAAGACCUGGUGGAUGGACUCAGUGCUGUCAUUAACGAUCCCUCGUAUAAAGAGAACGCUAUGCGUUUGUCCAGGAUUCAUCAUGACAGACCAGUAAAGCCUUUGGACGAGUCUGUGUUCUGGAUUGAGUUCGUCAUGCGCAAUAAAGGCGCUAAACACCUGCGUGUCGAGGCCCACAACCUUACCUGGUACCAGUACCACUGUCUGGAUGUGUUCGCUUUUCUCAUCACUGUCCUCACUGUAGUUCUCUAUGUCUUCUUUAAAAUGUGCAAAUUCUUCAUAAUGCGUUGCUGUUUUAGAUCAAAAAGGAAAAGCAAAAAAGAGUGAUGAAGCUUUUGGAAAACCCCUUUUUUGCACUGAACAUUAUGUCUCUCUGCCCACACCAUGGGAUGUCCAUCCUGAGGUCCAGUAGCUGUACUGUUAUUAACCAAAGUCCCUUUAGGACACGUCAUUUCACUCUGUGACCAUCUUUGAAACACCUCUCGGGCAUGCAAGUGCAGCUCCUAUCUCUUUGAAUGGGGAAACAUUGAAUUCUCCAAAACUGUCUACCAAGCAAUAUACAUUUUAUAUUUGAAAUCACCAAUGAAAUCUGACAACAACUGUCUCAUCAAAGUUGUUUAUUUUGCUCAAAUACCUUUAAAAAAAGCCAGUGCACAUGCACAAUCACUGUAGUUCAUGGAUGUACCUCAUCACCACAUCCCACAGCUUCAGAUGGACUUACAGUAAUAAACUAGAGUAGGCUACAGUCAUUCUGAAUCACAAUAAGUCUUCCUUGUUGAUGUCACCCUUGCUUUGUUUACUUGUUUGGAAUGAUCUAUAGCCUAUUGUGGAAAGCAAUAAUGUGAA